CUUUUUCUUUGGAGGUGCUAAUCUUUAGUGCAAACUGUGAAUGAAAAGAAUGGCUAACCAAUAACUAGAUGACACAUAGAUGCAUUAAUUGGACCAUUAAUUAUUUAUAACAUCAUUUCUGAUGAAAGCUAGUUAGUUCGCUAUCACAUUUAUUCUCUUAAUUAUCAACACAAAUAAAAUAAAAUUAUUAUAACGAAUAAAACUUUCAUAUCAUAAUAUUAUAUUACAUAUGGGAUUUCAUAUCAUAAUAUUAUUACAUAUGGGAUUUGGGUACUCAAAUAUCAGAUGUUAUAUAUGGUGGCAUAUUUUUGCAUUUUUUCUUGUACUAUCAAUAAUCUCUCUGACAAGAUACAAUGCAUUAAUAGACAUCACAUAUUCACAGAUUAUUGAUAGGGAGAGGAAGAAUAAACUUCAUAUAUUUACAGAUAGUCUUUGAUAGCGAGAGGAAGAGAAACGGAGACAGAAAGAAGAGAAAAAAAAAGUAGGAGAAUGAGGAAUUCCCUAUACAUGGUUGUGGUGGCAUUGAUUGUGGGGAAUUCAUUUGGAGUGCAUGGAGGCCAACUUGGGUAUGACUAUUACAAGUAUUCGUGCCCAUUGUUGGAAGAUACAGUGAAGAAGGAGAUGAUAGCCAUUUUCGCGACUGAUAUCUCUGCACCAGCUGCCUUCCUCAGGCUCUUCUUCCAUGACUGCCAAGUGCAGGGAUGUGAUGCGUCAAUCCUGCUGGAUUCCCAUGACUUAACCACCCAUAACACCGAAUUGGUUUCAUCGAAAAACUUUGGUAUCAGAAAGCAAGAACUGAUAAGUCACAUAAAAUCUGUCCUAGAAUUGGAAUGUCCUGGACAGGUUUCUUGUGCAGAUAUCAUUGCUUUAGCCGCCAAAGAGUCGGUGCUAUUCACGGGCGGACCUCACAUUACUAUCCCUCUAGGAAGAAAGGACUCCACUACUGCCACUAAUUCCAAACAGGCUGAUCUUAAUCUUCCUUCACCUGGAAUAACAGUCGACCAGCUUCUCCAUAUUUUCACAUCCAAAGGAAUGAACCUCGAGGAAUCGGUUGCCAUUCUAGGUGCGCAUACAUUGGGUGUUGGACACUGCGUGAAUAUUGUGAACAGAUUGUAUAACAGAAAACCCAGUGAUCGAAUGGAUUUCGUGUUCGAACAAAUGUUGAGAUUGAAAUGCCCAACAAGAGUUCCUCUAACAAAUCUCACUUUUGUAUCCAAUGAUUUAACUCCAUUUGUGUUUGAUAACCAGUACUAUACAAAUGUUUUAAUGGGUAAGGGCUUGUUCGGGAUUGACUCCAGUAUUUCCACUGAUCCUCGAACUUUGCCCAUCGUUAGAAGGUUUGCUGCUGAUCAAAACUACUUCUUCAAUGUCUUCUCUUCUGCGUUUGUUAAGCUUUCCUCUACCAACGUUCUUACUCAAAGGCAAGGUGAGGUGAGAAGGCAGUGUAAUCGCAUAAACUGAAAGAAAACUUUGAAAAAUUCGAGUCAUUUAAUUUAAAAAAAAUAUAUAUUAUUAUUCUUUUUUACUGUUUGAAAGAAAAAAAUUAUUGGGAUGGACAACUAGCUAGCAGCAUUUAUAUUGGAUUGGAGGAAUAUUUGUUUUCAUGCUUUGAUAAUGUAUUAUUAUAGCUCCCUACUUACUGGGGAAUAAUAGUAAUGAAAAAAUAAAAAUUGCUGUAUUUAGUUUGUAUAAUUCUUUUAUGGUGCAUACCUUUUCAAAGUAGCUGUUGCCUGUUAGUUUGAAUAUUAUAUAUUGUAUUCUGGGGCGGAACUACCAAAGGCCGAGGGGGCUCAAUUAUUUA